CCCGCAACCAUCCUGCACAUUUUAUUGGUCGAGCGGUGCGUCAGCUGUUGCGGCAAGGACGCACGUGCUUCGUUGAAGACCAAGAUGGCAGCGUCCGUGUGUCGGUGUUACGAGCUACUUGGCAGAAAUGCUUUGGCGUUCAGGUCUCUGCCUCUGGCAUCUGUGGUGGGAAGAAAUGGUGUUUUCAGGUUACGCGGGACCCCAGCUGCUGCACAGGUCCGAUACGCCUCAGGACGUAAAGGUUUCUUUGGAGAGUUUGUCAAUAACCUCCGCCAGGAGUUCAGUAAAAACCAGGAGAUGAAAGACAACAUCAAGAAGUUCAGAGAAGAGGCCAAACGGCUCGAGGAGUCUGAUGCCCUUCAGCAAGCUCGCAGGAAAUAUAAAUCUAUUGAGGCUGAGACAGUGAAGACAUCUGAGGUGUUUAAGAAAACCUUUGGCUCUGUAGCUGAGACGGUCAAAGAGAGUUUUGAGGAGGUCGGGCGUACAAACAUUGGGAAGAAGAUUAAGGCAGGCAUGGAAGAGGCAGCCAGGACCGCCGCGCACUCAGCCGAGUCGGUCUCCAAAGGGGGAGAGAAGUUCGGCAGGAACAGUGCAAUCAGGGCCAUUUCACAGAGUGUGGAAUCCAUGAGGAGAGAGAUCGACGUUGAGGAUGCCGGGCCUUACAGAGCUCCCGCUCAGCUGAGGAUGAGGAGCGACUUUGCAUUUAAAGAUGUUGACGGCGGUACCAGAGUGUUUGAGGCUAACGAAGAGGUCAUGGGUGUGGUUCUCCACAAAGACUCAAAAUGGUAUCAGCAGUGGAAAGACUUCAAAGACAAUAAUGCAGUUUUUAACCGAAUUUUUGAGAUGAAGAUGAAGUACGACGAAAGUGACAACGCCUUGAUCAGAGCAUCCAGAGCGAUGACUGACAGAGUCACUGACUUUUUAGGUGGUCUUUUUUCCAAGACAGAAAUGUCAGAGGUGCUGACGGAGAUCCUGAAGGCCGACCCUAACUUUGACAAAGACUCUUUUCUCAAACAAUGCAAGAAAGACAUCAUUCCUAACAUACUGGAGGCUAUGGUCCGUGGAGAGCUGGAGGUAUUAAAGGACUGGUGCUAUGAAGCAACCUACAGUCAGCUGGCCCACCCCAUUCAACAGGCCAGGGCUCUGGGACUCCUCUUCCAGUCUAAAGUCCUUGACAUUGACAAUAUAGAUCUGGCGAUGGGAAAGAUAAUGGACCAGGGUCCGGUGCUGAUCAUUACCUUCCAGGCUCAGGUUGUCAUGGUGAUCCGCAGCCCCAAAGGAGACAUUGUGGAAGGAGAUCCGGAAAAGGUGAUGAGGAUGAUGCAUGUUUGGGCCUUGUGUCGUGACCAGGAGGAGUUGAACCCCAACGCAGCCUGGAGGCUUCUAGACAUGUCCGCCUCCAGCACUGAGCAGAUCCUCUGAGAGAAAGGAAGCAGGGGGGGGGGUAUUCAACCACCUGCUGCAAGCAGGACACGAACUCAAAAGGACAGAGGGAAAGACUGCACCUUUGUGACUCUUUGCACACGUUCUCAUCAGUACCUUAAGGGUCUAUGUGGAUACAGAUGAACUUACCUGACUUCAUUGACAGAUGUACAGGCCUGUAGUGUUCAGCUAUACCACCAUCGCACUGGAACUUUUAUUUUAGAGAGAGCCAGGCAAGGAUGAUGAGAAUGAAUCAUCACCUGAAAUGUUCCUCAUACAGCAAGAUUCAAAAACACUCCUGGAGUGUGGGAAACAUGCAGGAAUCCGAAACAGGCUAGAUAUUUAAUAAAACUAUUGUUUGUGAAAGUGUCACAGGAAACCAGUUUAUAUAGCAGUUGGAUAAGCUGAAAUUUAAGGUUAAUUAAUUUAUCUCACUGACUUCAGAUGCUUCUAAGCUGAUUUUUUUUUUCUGUUUUGCUAAAAACCAAGAUUUGUACAAACAUUGUUCAACCACCGGAAGAAAAUGUCAGUGAUUUUUUUUGUCCAAAGUAAUACUUGCUAGAUGUAUUCUCCUGCAUCUCCAUCAGAACCAGAUGUGGAUCUGUGCAGAAAUACGAGCUGAUAAUCUGUAUUUAAUUGACAAUGCUUAGUUGUGUUGGGGGCAUUGACUGUAACUGGUCUGAGUGAGUGUGACUUCACCCAUAGAAAAUGGUUUACUGCUGACUCCAACUAACUGAAGUCAGUUCAGCACUUUUUGUUUGCAAUUCGGACGCCGUGUUGGAACCAGGAAUUGUCAGUAAGGAAUGAUUAAUCUGAGUCGGUCUGAGUCAACUUUUUUAUGGCAACCACUCUUGCCAAUCAGGAGUGAGCUUGUUGGAAGGCCGCGCCCCUACCAUUUGAAGUAUGUCAAACGUUUCGACUGUCCGUCGUGUGACCACAUACUUUUAUUUAGUCAUCUGAUUAUAACUACAGAAACAAUUGAAUGAAGAAAAAAUAGUAUCAGAAAAAACGUGUUUAAAUGGAACAAAUGGAAUAAUUAUAUUGUUUCUCAGAAGUCUAUGGAAUUUUGACUUUUUGGAGCCAGCGGGUACUUCCUGUUUGGAAAGCGAGGGGGGAGGGGUUACUCAGUCCAGUUCUCACAGUCAGUGGUUGGAGCCAUCUUGGGAUAACAUCCAGAAACUUCUCAUUCAGGACGUUUUAUUAUGUCGGAGGAUUUACUGUCUUAUGUUCUGCCUUUUUUCCCCCAGUUUGUCUUAUUGAACCAUUUGGUUUACUAUAAUCAGAGAUGGGACUUGGACUUCAGACUUGGAUGCUACCAUGCAGAGACUUGAGCAGUCAGACUUCAUGUACAAUGUUCAUUUGUUUACUCCUUUUUUUUACGUGCCGUUUGUCACUCUCAAGUCCAAAAAGCAAUGCAGAAAUAUUUUCCUGUUAUUUUUUCUCCUCAAGUUGUUUAAAAGUAGUUUAAUGACAAUGUGUGACAAUAAAAUAUCCAUUAAAACUAUAGGUUUUAAGAAUUAAAUCACAGCUAAAGACUUCAGAUAGUAGUUGGACUUGCACAACAGUACUUAUGACCACCUCAGACUCUCAUGAAUGUGAAUUAAAACUGGAACGAGUUGGUAUUUAAUAUUUUAACUGGACCCGCUGUUUUGACAAAAUGACCAAAGUUUCUUGGUGAACCGUGAUGGUCACACUGCACGAGAUCCCAGCGUUUUCGCUAGUUUAAGUCCUUUUUAAGUUUGUUCUCUCAGAGAAGGAACAAAUGCAAAUUUCCAGUUGUAAGUUAAAGUAACUUUUGUGGACCAAAUGUCAGAGAUGGUCAGGCUGUCCUCUUCUUCCAGCUGUUUGAAGAGACUUCUUGCUUUCUAAUGUGUAAAACAAUCUCUUCAUAUUUUUGUUUGUCCAAUGUAACACCUAAAUGAUGACCCCCCCUAUGAGGGGCUGCUGUUUGUUCCCUCCUGAAUCAUUUCAUUCCCUCCUAACAUGUCCGUCAGCACAGUAAUGUGUGUUGUAAUUAUCUGUACAGACUUUCCUCAGAGUCAGCAGCUCUGUGUGCAUUGUGUGUCUGUGUUCAUGAUUAAAUUAAAUGGUGGAUGUUA